CGUACUCCCUCUUGUCUGCUUUCUCGUCUGGUCCGUGUGUCACUGUAAAGCUUUGUAUCUCGGUCAGGAUUGCCGCCGACUGUAGCACCCUUUCUUCUCUGCCACUCAAAGUAUCUAGGUGCUCAGCCUCGUCAAGAUGGAGGCUCUUGCGGCGAUUGGCCUUGCAGGCAAUAUUGCCCAGUUCCUCGACUUCGGGUUCAGAAUCUUGUCGCAAAGCCGAGAGCUAUACCGGUCAGGAAGCGGUUCUCUUCAGGAGAAUAUUGACCUCGAAAACGUCACCACAGACCUCGAACGAUUGGUAGAAGGUUUGGCCGUAAAACCUUCACAGCAGUGUGCUUCUCAAGAUGACAUUCGACUUUCCAAGUUGGCUGCCUCUUGUCAAAGCACAUCAAAUGAUCUAGUCAUGUUGCUGGGGGAUUUGAAGAUGGGGGAAAAUCCCCCAAGAAAGAGAUGGUAUUCAUUCCGCUAUGCUAUACGUACUUGGAGGAAGAAGAGCCGGCUUCAAGAACUCCAACAGCGACUUGAAAUGUUCAGAAAUCAGGUCAACGUCCACCUGCUAUCGGAUAUAAAGACAGCUGUCAAUUCCAUUGAAGAUCUGUCGCUGAGCAGUCUGAAUUACGUCAAAAUACUACUACAAGGAAUGCAACAACCCAACACCGUAACUGACCUCAAUUACUCCCAGAAAAUAAUGGAGUCACUACACAUCAUUGAGAAAUUUCUGGAGAUGAGAGAGCAGGACGUCGUAAAGAGCAAAAACAAGACCGUCCUUGGGAGUUUGCGCUUUGAAUCAUUCCACCUUCGGGAUUCUCAAGUCAAAGAGGCACACAAAUAAACAUUUGAAUGGGCAUUCGACGAUCCAAACGUCCGUUUGAAAAACUGGCUUGAAUCCCAAAACGGAAUCUUCUGGGUUACCGGAAAAGCUGGAUCGGGGAAAUCAACUUUCAUGAAAUUUAUCUACAACCACUCAACAACCCAGCAAGCUCUAAAGGAAUGGGGCAGCCUUGACAAAGUUGAAACUGCUCAAUUCUACUUCUGGAAUGCGGGAAACCAGAUGCAAAAGUCCUUAGAAGGCCUUCUACAAUCACUGGUGCAUCAAGUCCUUGAAAGGUACCAGUCAUUAAUCCCGACCGUCUGCCCAUCAAGAUGGGAAGAGGCAGAGUUUACGGAGCAACUGAAGCCUUGGACCUACGACGAGCUCUCUGAUGCUCUACGGGCAUUAGCCAGGCAAAAUCUUCAUAACACAAAGUUCUGUUUCUUUGUCGACGGCCUUGACGAAUACGACAUAACUACAUCCGACAGAGACCACAAAGAUCUU